AAGGUGACACAGCGCAGGGGCAGAACGGUGUCGGAGCACCGCUCGUCUUCUUCUGCGCCGAGUUCUCCUCCUCACCUCUCCUCUGAUAUCCUCUCCCCUCCCCUGUUCACAGUCGACAUGGCGGACAGCGCGAGCGAGAGUGACACCGACGGCGCGGGCAGCAGCUCGGCCACUCCGAUGUCGACCUGCGCCUCCAACUCGGGCAAGCCGAGUAUCGUGAUCUCUCAGUUUCGCCUGGAGGAGCUCACCAACCGACUGGCCUCGCUGCAGCAGGAAAACAAAGUUCUGAAAAUCGAGCUGGAGACGUUCAAACUCAAGUGCAAAGCGCUGCAGGAGGAGAAUCGGGACCUGCGCAAAGCUAGCGUCACUAUUCAAGCCAGAGCGGAACAAGAGGAAGAGUUCAUCAGCAACACCUUGUUUAAGAAGAUCCAAGCCCUCCAGAAAGAGAAGGAGACCCUGGCUGUGAACUAUGAGAAAGAGGAAGAGUUUCUCACCAAUGAGCUCUCCAGGAAGCUCAUGCAACUCCAGCAUGAGAAGGCUGAACUGGAGCAGCACCUGGAGCAAGAGCAGGAGUUCCAGGUCAACAAGCUCAUGAAGAAGAUCAAAAAGAUGGAGAACGAGACCAUCUCCAAGCAAUUGACUUUGGAGCAGUUGAGGCGUGAGAAGAUCGACCUCGAAAACACAUUAGAGCAAGAACAAGAAGCCCUCGUCAACAGACUGUGGAAGCGGAUGGACAAGCUGGAGGCAGAGAAAAGGAUCUUGCAGGAGAAGUUGGACCAGCCCGUGUCAGCCCCUCCAUCCCCGCGGGACGUCUCCAUGGAGAUUGACUCCCCUGAGAACAUGAUGCGGCAUAUCCGUUUUCUGAAGAAUGAGGUGGAGAGGCUUAAGAAAAGCCUCCGAACCACCGAACUGCAGCACACAGAAAAGCGUGCGCAGUACAUCGAGGAGGAACGACACAUGAGGGAGGAGAACGUCAGGCUGCAGAGAAAGCUCCAGAGGGAGAUGGAGCGUCGAGAGGCACUGUGCAGACAGUUGUCAGAGAGCGAGUCCAGCCUGGAGAUGGACGAUGAGCGGUACUUCAACGAGAUGUCUGCACAGGGGCUGCGAGCGAGGACGGUGUCCAGCCCUAUUCCAUACACCCCCUCCCCUAGUUCCAGUCGCCCUAUAUCCCCUGGUCUUUCGUAUGGCAGCCACACAGUCGGCUUCACCCCACCGGCCACUCUGUCCAGAGCCGCCAUCUCCCACUACAACACCCCCGCCCUGCACGUCCACGGAAGCACCUCCCACUCUGUAACGAGGCCUUCGCCAAGGAGAAGCACCAGCCCUGACAAAUUCAAACGUCCAACGCCCCCGCCGUCCCCCAACACACACUCAGGGGCCCUACAGCCUCAGCCCCCACUGCCCCCACCUGCCCAGCCCAUGGUCCAGUCCAUGUCCUCUCCGGCGGCCAUGUCGCAGCAAGCCGCCGGAGCGCAGCCUCCUCCCUCACAGCCUUAACGCCGCACGCACAUACACAAACACACGUCUCCGUCUCGGGGCGCGCGAGGGCGCCCGCCGGAUGCUACGACGCCAAAACCGCAGCAGCUUCCAUCAUUAACAAGCUCUGGAAGAAGCGCUCAGAAGCAGCUUACAAAGUUUUAAAGAGGAGAUAAGCGACGCAGUUCCGUGCCCGCGACGCCGACCAGCCAAAAGCCACGCGUCGACGUUUCCUAUUUGCUCUUAAAAGGAAUGGAUGUACUGAAAAAUUAUCGCUUCUGGGAAUCGUAGGCCAAUUAUCUGUUCUGCCCUCCUGUCGUGUAAAAGUUUUGUAUUUUCUUUGCUUCGGAACUUGAGCUGGUUGGAAUUGUUGUUGUGGCGCUUUUCAGAUAGCACAAACAGCACGGAGCUUUUUCUUGUUUCGUUUUGCGAUAAAUGGAUGUUCGGGUCAGCUGAUGGAUGUACGGCAGUGUCUGUGGAUGCGAUCAAGAUUUUUACGCCUGUAAUGUGGCACUCGAUUGCAUUCAUGUCCCCACCCACGCUCUCUUAUCUGUUCGGCGGUGUAAUUGUUUUUCCCUCACAUUUAAAAGGCCGCCUGAAAGUUGUCAUAGCGGACCACCAGAGGGUCUAUGUCAUAGCCUGUUCAUCACUGCGCUAAUAUCACCGUUAUUUUUCUUCAUGCAGACAUUUUGAAGUUAAAGUAAAUAUGGGGGAGGGAAGGCCCUCUCAGGAUGCACCAGGUACAUAAACCACCAAUAAAUGUCGCCUAUUAAGGUGUUAAACUAAUGUAGUCUGAGGUGUUACUAGUCACGUACUCUUUGCUCUUUCUCUGGUGUAUUUCUCGAUGCUUUAUCUAAAAAUAAUGGGAAAAAAAGUAUAAACAAGACAUCGUGUUCUAUACACUAAAUAUACAUACUGCUAAAACAUUCUCAAUGAAUGGUACUGUCAAACAAGAUUUCUAUGUAUGAUUAAAAGCUCUUAAGAUGAAAA